GGGGGGGAGGGGAGAGCGCGGCGGGCGCGCGCGCGCACGGGGCAAGGCGCGGCCCCGCGGCUGUGCGUGCGCGCUCCCGGGCCCCCCCCGCCUUCCCCUCUCUCUGUGUCCCUCUCUCUCCCUCUCUCCGCCGCGCUCGGCCGGCUCUGCCCCCCCUUUGUGCGCGCUCCGAGCCGCCCCCACAUCGCCGACUCGCCAUGGCCGACGAGAAGCCCAAGGAAGGAGUGAAGACUGAAAACAAUGACCACAUUAAUCUGAAGGUGGCAGGGCAAGAUGGGUCUGUGGUGCAGUUUAAGAUUAAGAGGCACACACCACUUAGUAAACUAAUGAAAGCCUAUUGUGAACGACAGGGGUUGUCAAUGAGGCAAAUCAGAUUCCGGUUCGAUGGGCAGCCAAUUAAUGAAACAGACACACCUGCACAGUUGGAAAUGGAGGAUGAAGAUACAAUUGAUGUGUUCCAGCAGCAAACAGGAGGAGUUUACUAAAACAAACACACAAAAAAGAACCUGCUACUUUCCUCUCCAGAACUGUGCUCCCACAGGCGACACUUCACAAUUAGAAAAUGAGACUUGGUUCAGCCACAUCCUGACUACUGCAGUAUAGUUUUCUCUCUUCUCUCUGAUUUUUUUUCUUAUUCCUUUUAUUGUACAUAAAGUCUCUGGUGAUGUGCACAGACAUAAUGCAUAUUUUUUUUUUAACUAAAUGGCCAAUGGUAUGUUUUGAUCAACAUUUAAUGGAGAUGGGGUGGGAAAACAAACUGGUUCUGUGAAAAUGCCCCUCUCUCCCAUAGUGGCAUGCUCCUUCUACUUUUACAGAAUCACAGAAUAAGCCGAGUUAUCUUUAUAUUCCAGUAAGUUAUUUUGCUCUCACUGUUCAAAAACAAAAACCUUGCAUACCUUGUUUGAUUGGAUAAUUUCAAUGUUUUUCUUUUAUCAUUGUAAAACCAAGGGCAAUUUUAUAACUUUUUUGUACGUAGCUGUUACAUGUAGAGCAAUCUCUGUCUAAGUAGGGGUAAAUUACUCUUUAAAAAAAAAAAGGAAAAAAAAAUCCUAGAUAGUUUUCCCUUCAAGUAAAACGUCUUGUUGUUUAAAUAAACUUCUUGUUUAAAAUAA